GGCUCGCUAGUCAUUGGGAGAGCCACAGCCUCCAAUUCCCAAUGCCCCAAAGAGCAGGCUGUGUACAAGACCUUAGUUGAAUGCUUCAAACUGAACAGGACACAACUGCUGAGACGCUCCCACACCCUCCCUGAAAGUAGCUGUUGUCUGAAUCCAUCAGAUUUAGUCAGAGGGCCAAGGCUAGCAGAUCACAGACAGGAUUUUGUUUGACUGUUGUUGGAGAAGGGACAGAUGGCAUGUGCAGGCUUGCCCAGAUGAAACAGGACCUGACCAGGCGACCCAGCGAAGCGUAGUUGGGGAGCUGCCCAAGAAUAAGCUGCUUUUUGUGCGGAUGGGUAGUUACCAGAUAGCAAGGAGGAGGAAUGCAGCUACGCCAGUGGCCAGCCACUGCUGCCAGUGUCACAGCCCACAAGCAAAACCCACAAACACUGUGGGUUUUGUGCAAUAACCAGCUCUCAACAGCUUCACUUGCAAACUGCCCCAGCAGCUCUGUGCGGGACACAGCGCUUAGUGCCAGCAAAGCACUGGGCAGAGGCUGUGGAGGAGGGAGGCUGCUGCAGCCACUGCCUUUGGAUGGCUCAGUGGCGCGGGCAGCACAGCCUCAGCUCCCUCCAAGCAUGAAGCUUUUGGUUCAGCUGCCAAAGCCUGCCCAGGAGAUGCACUGAGUGUCUGCAGAGAAGAGUCCCGGGGCUGCUGCAGGGCUACACAGUGUUCAGAGCGAUGCUACUGGGCUCGCAGGCCAGCACAGCCAGGCUCAUGUCGGACACGUACCUGGCAAAACUCCUGGAAGGGCUCAGCAGCCUUCGCUUGCAGAGCGCACUGUGCGACGUGACACUGGAGGCAGAAGGAGUCUGCUUUCCAGCCCACAAGAUCAUUUUAGCCUCAGCAAGUAAUUACUGCAAGGUCCUUUUUGUUGGAAAUCUGACAAGAGUGAGGAGUCCAGAUGGUAACGUCCGGCUGAAAGCCGUCAGUGCUGCCGGGCUGAGGAAUGUUCUCAACUUCAUUUACUCCAACAAACUAGAACUCUCAUUGCAGAAUAUUGAGGAGACCUUCAAAGCUGCAGAAACCCUCCUGGUUCGGGAAGUGAUCAAGCUGUGCUUUUGCUUUCUGGAAGGUUGCUUGAACUGUGAGAACUGCAUGGAUGUUCUUAACAUCGCUAAAAAACUUGGCCCAGCAGAGCUGAGACAGAAAGCCAUGUGCUACGUAGGGCAGCACUGCAAACAGAUCCUGGCUGAUCCUCAGUGCUUGAAAGACCUGGAUCGAGGAACCCUUUGUGAAAUUUUAGACAGGACCAACACCGAGGGAUGCAGCGAGCUGGAGCUGCUCAGAGCCACCAUGAGCUGGCUGCAGCAUGACCACACGCGGCUGAAAGAUGCAGCAGAUAUUUUAAGGCGCAUAAGAUUCCCUCUCAUUCCUUUACAAGAUCUGCACAGAUAUGUCCAAGAAACGCCUCUUCUGAGGCUGGAUUCAGGCUGCCGCAAGUACCUGCAGGAGGCUCUGAAUUACCACUCCCAGCUGUACGCUCAGCCAGUCCUGCAGACCCAGAGCACAAGCCUCCGCUCCAGUUCCACUGUGCUCCUCAUCGCUGGUGGAAGAAGCACUGACAACCGUGUGUGCACAGAGAUGUGGGCUGCAGACCAGAGCUGCAGCACCUGGCACAAGGUUGGGAACCUCUGUGUGCCUGUGUACAACCACUGUGUCACCAUCAUCAAUGACUUCCUUUUUGUCAUCGGGGGACAGUGCAAAUUUGACCCCACAGGAAAGCAGCCAUCAAAUGAGGUUUUCCGAUUUGAUCCCCGCAACACUUCCUGGCUCCAGGUCGCCAGCAUGCUGGAGAGGCGGACACGCUUCCACGCGGAUGUGCUGUCUGAUUGCAUCUUCGCUGUGGGUGGUGGGACACUGCUGGGGACCCUCACCCGCACUGUGGAAUUGUACCAGCCCGCUGACAACAAGUGGGAGUUCACAGCUCCUUUCCCCAAGCCAAUUGCUGAUCACGCAGGCACAACCCACAAGGGCAUCCUCUAUAUUUCAGGGGGCUUCUCAGGGGGUAAAACCUUACGAGACACUUACAGCUACCUCCCUCGCCUCCGACGCUGGAUUGGUAACAGUGCCAUGGCUUUCACCCGCUGUGAUCACGGGAUGGCUACAGUCAGGGACAGGAUCUUUUGCAUUGGAGGAAGGACACUAAAAGGAGCAGAGGAAUGGAUUCACGUCAACGAGAUGGAGUAUUAUUGUCCUGUGAGCAAUCAGUGGACAACGCUAACACUAUCCCCAUUCAACUGCUGCCAGUUCAGCAUCACAGCCCAGAACACUACGCUCUACCUCGCAGGCGGUGGGUCACUGCAGCACAUGCAGAAAGAAGACAGCGUUUUCCUGUACGACACAGAGGGGCAGGUGUGGAAAAAAGCCAGUCCCCUGCCUACAGCUCUGGUGGAUCAUGCCUCUUGCAUGAUUAAACUGUCCCAAGUGAAUGUAGCUAGCUGGUGAGAUGGGGAGAAGCAUAAAUGGCUCCCCUGUGGGCAGAAGGAAGAAAUCUACUCUCAGCUUGUUCAUCACAAAGAAACAAGAGUCUCACUCUGCCUCAGAAACAUAGUAGGAUGUAAAUAAGUCAAGCAGAUCUGACAGCGUUUGUCAAGACAGUAGUAUUUUAACAAGUCUUCUAUUUGCCAGCCAAACAUCUUUAGCAGUGAUUUGGAAUUGGUAUGUUUUUGACUUGGUGCUAUCAUGGUGACAUGCAUAAUUUACAAAAAAAUAACUACUUCAAAUCCUACUAAGCUACAUUAAACCCAUAAGAACUCCUUAAAUCAGUUUUUUGUCAUUCAGAACCUGCUUUUCUGUACAAUGUAGAACUUAUUUUCAAUGAGCGACUUCAGAGAUUUUACGAGGAAGUCUUCAAAAGAGCUUUGAAUUCCACCUUUAACAAUUUCCUUACAAUCAUUGCUGGCUGACAAAUUAAGUACAGGCAGAGAUACAUAUGCAUGAUGUAUUUAAGACUGUCUUCCCACUGGAUUAAGACCAUAGGGCACUGCAGUGACAACUUUGUUCUCAACAAGCAGACCAGAAAACUUCCUUCAGUGAAGAUGCAUUGAACCUGUGUCUGCUUGAGCCAGAGUAUGGGUAAACUUUUAGAAAAGAACCAAGUGUCUUAGGAGUCCUCAUCUCACAGACAGUCAACAGCUAAGGGGCUGGAAUGGCCAAAAAACCUGAUGAGGAUAAAUUUGGAAAGGUGCGAGAAUGAACCCAUGGCCACCACAGACAUGCCGAUGGACAGAGCCAGUAUGGGGCAAAAUGGGAGACUGGAGUCAAACCAGCUCCCAUGAUACACAGCCCACACAGCAACGCAACAGCUCUACUUACAGGUGCUUCUAGAAAACAGGACGCUUAACAAAAGACAAAAUUAACUCACCAACAAGAGCAGCCAGGCCUUGAAUUGGGUCUGUGUGGGCAAGGAUUUGUUCACAGCCGACCUGGAGGAGACACAUUACAGGCAAAUUGCAGACAGGAUAGUUAACAGUCUCUGCUCCGCGGAAAGGCUAAGCUGGAAGAUUCAUUAAAAUUGCCACUUAGACAUUUUAUGGCUCAGCAGCUUUCCAAGGGCCUAAUUGCAACAAGUUUUUGGGGUAUUUUUCCUCCCUUCUAGCAACAAAAUACAUAGAAACAAGGAGACAGGGCUUUACCAAGGUAAGCAGCUGUGCAGAGGCCACAGUGAUAGAGAACAUUUCCUCGAUCCCACAAUCAGAAUAUUUGAAUUCCCUUCUCAAAGGGGGUGGGGGUGGAAGGGGGAGGAUGGAUUAUUUCCAUUUUACAGCUUGUUAAACAGACCCUAGAAGGGAACUAGAUUCUCAGGGGAGCUAGAGACAGCACUCUCUGAGUCCCAGUACAUCAUAGCCUGAAUGACCUCUUGCAUAUAUCGCUCCAGGUAGGACUCAAACCAUAAAUGCCACAAGGCCAGAGGCAAAUGGUGUGGGAUCAGCAUGGUGUGCAGCAGAGAGCAGCAGCAGGCAGCUUACAGCACACCAGAAGAAACCAAGGAUUGUAACAGCAACUGGGGAUCUAGGAUCAAAACUGGGACCUUUCCAAAGCAGUUGGUGUCUCAGAAGUCUUUGAAACCUCCUGAGAACCAGGCCCCUUUCCUAUGCUUUGCCAUCUCCACCUCUCUUGAAAGUUUACAGGUUUCCCAGUCCGCCAGCAGCAGACAUUUCUCUGCAUUAUCCGCUGAGGUAUGUCAUCUUCCUGGGCAAUACUUAGAAAGGAGGCCAAUUUUUAGGUCUCCAUCCCUACCCACCAAGAAAAAAAACAUCUGUGAAACUGUGUUGAAGUGGGUUAACAACAAAACUACAUUUUUUUAAAAGUUACCGGUUUUUAGUGUUUAAAAGCUGAACUCAACAAGCUUGCACAGGUCUUUGUGUUUAAGGUAAAGGCAGAGCAGGGCAGGAGUGGCUCCAGCAAACCCUCUCUGAUUAGACUUAGGGCAUUUCAAAAACAGCAGUCAGCAUCACAGAGAAGUUUAAAAUUUGUAGAUUUAUUGUCAAAGUGCAAGGGCUGCAACAACCACCACCACUUGCCUCUUUCACUAUCACCAGUGGCAUGCACCUGACAGUGCACUGAGGUGCACAGCAGAAACCACGACUCUCACCCACAUCCUGGUACUCACCUUCACGGGAUUGGCAGGGAGGUGAC